CAUUUUUUUCUUUUCCCAAAUUCUCAUUUGACUGAUGAUUUAUUCAUGAGGUUCAGUUCUAUUUCUUCAACUGUAUCAUGAGUGACAAGAAAGGUAUUCAAUUUAGUAACCGUAUGUCAACAAAGAAAUGUUACUAAACUAUAAUUGAGCAGAUUUAGUUCCUAUUUCUCCAUCUUCUGGUGGUGGAUUCUUCAGCAAUUCUUUCUUUUCCAGUGUUAGUGCCAAUGUGACCUCACUCACUCAAACUAUUCAGAAGAAAGGUAUUCCUGAGCUCAGCAAGCGUUUUCAAGAAAUACAAGACAGAGCCCGUGAGCUGCCAAGUACUUUGAUUCACUUACAAGCCAAGUUGGAAUCAGAAAGGGAAACUUUCAUAAAGGAUAAAAAGAGGGAUAAGAAAAACGGCAUACUUCAUCAAUCAAAGGGAUCAGAAAUGGUGGCACCUUGGCUUGGAUUUACAGGCUACGGAUCUCAAUUAAAAGAAGCAAUUUUGAACAUAUCUAAUGAUGAACGCAAUCUAUUAAUACCUCCUCCUGCAGGUGCCAACUUUGAAUUUGAUCUCAACGCCUACGACUCUACAGCUCAAGCCGCUUUGAAAGAAGAUGAAAAGUUAGCAAAAUUGAGAUUUUUAUUGGUCCCACAGCAAGUUUCAGAGUCGGUAUUCUGGCAAAACUAUUUUUAUAGAGUCAAGAUCACAAAACAAAUGGUAUUUGGUAACCCACCGGAAUCACCUCUAAUUGGCGGUGACAAAGACAUGAACGACAAAAAGAAUGUCUUAUUUGAUUACGAAGAUGAUACCGAUGAUAAAAACACUAAAAAGAUUAUUGAAAAGAAAAAUGACCGCAAGAGAGAUUGUUCGAUACAAAACAAAGCAGAAAAUGACACCAAUCCCAAUGCUUUGGAAGUAAAAAGAGGAAAUCACACAGACAAGGAAUACGAAGGUAUGGAGGAUUGGGAGAUUGAAAUGAGAAGAGAAGCUAUUCAAUAAGUGCAACAGGCGAUACUACAGUAUAUAAUGGCUGUGAUCAAUUUAUUGCUUCUUAAAACACUACACAACUUAAUAAGUACUGUACUCGCGACUGAAGUAACUUUCUGCGACAUUUGCAGCUGAAUCAAUAAUAUCGGUCGCAUGAAAUUCAAUCUGCUUAGCAUCAAGUGAUCUAAUGACCUGUAUAUCAAUAAAGAAAACUCCACUACAAUUGGCUCAUUGUUGUGG